AUGGAGAGUUAUAUGAGUCCAAGACUCUACAAGGCAGCGGCAACAGGAGAUGUUCAUUAUCUAUCCUCAAAUGAAAUCUCUGAGGAGUUAAUCCUAUCCUCAGAUACAGAAUCCGAGGAGAGGAAAGAGAGGCUUAGACGCCAUCUCCUCUGUUUGACACACGAGAAAAACAAUUGCCUGCACAUAGCAGCGAGGUUUGGAUAUAAAGCGUUUGUGGAGAGAGUUCUUACUCUUUGCCCUUCCCUUGUAUAUCACCAAAACAAGAGAGGAGACAACCCACUUCAUGUUGCUGCCAGGGCUGGUCACCUUCGCAUCGUCGAACUGCUUACCGAUUCCUUUAAGAAGCUUCAGUCUCCUCAAAGUACAGAAAAUAAUAGAGCAGUAACCGGAGAGGGGAACAAUGAGAACAACACAGAACCUCCUCGCACUUCUCAGAGUCAAAGUAGCACUAGAAAUAGUGCAACUACAGGAGAUGAUAUAACUUUAGGGAGUAGUAGUACAGGCGAAAUAGUAAAUGGGAUAACAUCAUCAGAAAAGCCUUCACUGCCAAUAUGGAGAACUGAAAACAAUUAUGGCAACACCGCUCUCCAUGAAGCGUUACUGAGCAAACACAAAAAGGUGGCAUUCCAUUUACUGGAUCUGAACAGUGAACUGGUCAUCCUUGUUGUCAAUACUAAAGGUGAGAGUCCGUUGUACCUGGCUGCUGAAGCUGGCUUUGUCACCGUUGUAGAUAAGAUCCUUGGUGCAGGCGGGAGGAACAACGUUGUUGGACCGAUGGGUCAGACUGCCUUACAUGCCAGAAUCACCACGUGGGCGUUGAGAAAAAAUGGGGCACCUCGGGGUAGAGUUCGCCCCUUAAUGCGCCUUCCUAUUUGGGAUCCAAACAGCGUCAGCACAACCGCGAAAUACACGAACAUGACAAAAGCGGCCAACACGAUGUCGGUGGACGCAGCAACGGCAACGGUGCAAGACACGGACAUGACACAAUUGGCAAACACGAUGUCUGUGGUGGCAGCACUCCUUGUUACAAUAAUUUUUGCAGCAGCUUUUACAAUACCUGGCGGUUUGAAGGUCGAUGGUUCUGGUUCUCCAUCACUCAUACACAAGCCAACCCUAAUAAUCUUCUGCAUUUCAAACACAAUUGCCAUGUGUUUCUCAAUGGCGGCGCUACUUCCAUUCCUCCUUGCCACGUUCAGCUUCAGUCACAGCGUUUCCUCAAGAUCAACAAUCUAUCAAAGUACGUUUAUAAUUUUCGGCGCAGCCUGCUCAGCAAUGAUUGCUUUUAUUUCAGGUUUUUACGCGGUGAUAUCAAUUGAGUCUACGUGGUUGGGAAUUGUUGUUUGCAUCAUAGGCUCUAGCUUACCCAUUCUUGUGAAGUGGACGCAACACGCGGAUUCGAUCGUUACUACAACUCUACGCGUUCCUGCUGUUGAGGCAAAUAAAAUGGGAUCUGACUCACCUCCAACCGUGGCAGGAGCUGGAAAUGAUCCAAACAACCAUGUUUUUGUUGGACUGAAUCCUUCAAUUCCUACUAUGGCUGGAGGAGAGCCCAAUACAAUAAAAUGA